GCUCAGCGAAAGCGUAACGAUAGUAUCACUUACGCCUGCGCCCAGUGUCUUUUGUGGUGUCACGGGCUCGAGAGUGACACUUCUUGUUGCUUGUUUUUCGACAUCUGAGUGAGUUUGGAUGUCUUUUCCAUGCGCCACUGCGCUGCUGUUUUCAUCGGAAGAGGCAGUCAUGUCGUCAAAUUUUUCCAAGUAAUACAGUAUCCAAGGGGAGGUGGUGAAUUGAGUCAAUCACAGAGGACUCCUCCACGAUCCGUUCUGCGCUAG